UGAGUGGCCGGGACCCGGAAGUGCGGGCUCACGUGCUGCCGCCCUCUCGGAGGCCUCGGAUAAGAAUGGCCCUGGAAGAGAAGAGCAAACGGAAGAAAAAGCGGAGUGCGCGGGAGGGAGAGAACCCGGAGGACGGCGCUUGUGGGAAUCUGGCAGGAGACUAUGAGGUUGGACAAGUCGCCAGUAGUUUAUUCCACGGCAGGCGGCCCUCCAGAGGCAGCACGGGUCGGCUGGCUUCCCUCUUCGGCUCUUUGGAGCCUCAGCUUCAACCCAUGUAUGUGCCUGUGCCUGAAGAAACCACCAAAAAAAGGAAACGGGAUGAGGAGGAAGAAAGUUCAUCCCAAAUCCAAAGACCGCUUUUGCAAGAACCUGCGAAAAAAAUGAAACUGAAGAAGAAACUUACUGAUGCAGACCGAAAGUUGGCAAACAGAGAAAAUGCUUUAGCAAGUGCUGAUUUAGAAGAAGAAAUUCACCAGAAACAAGGGAAGAAAAGGAAAAAUUCUCAAUCUGGUGUUAAAAUUGCCGAUAAAGAAGUACUUGAUGAUGUAGAUCAGACAGUUGUAAAUCAAAGAAAGAAAAUUCAAACCAACCAAGAAGAGAGAUUAAAGAAUGAGAGAACUGUGUUUGUUGGGAAUUUGCCUGUCACCUGUAAUAAGAAGAAGCUGAAGUCAUUUUUUAAAGAGUACGGACAGAUAGAAUCUGUACGAUUUCGUUCUCUGAUUCCAGCGGAGGGAAUUUUGUCCAAAAAGUUGGCAGCAAUAAAACGUAAAAUUCAUCCUGAUCAGAAAAAUAUUAACGCUUAUGUUGUGUUUAAGGACGAGAGUGCUGCUACAAAAGCACUGGAAAGAAAUGGGGCCCAAAUUGCAGAUGGAUUUCGUGUUAGAGUGGAUCUUGCAUCUGAGACCUCAUCUAGGGACAAGAGAUCUGUAUUUGUGGGGAAUCUCCCAUACAAAGCUGAAGAAUCUGCAGUUGAGAAGCACUUUCUGGACUGUGGGAACACUGUGGCUGUAAGGGUUGUGCGGGAUCCGGUUACAGGAGCCAGCAGAGGCUUCGGCUACGUGCUCUUUGAGAAUACAGAUGAUGUUCAUCUUGCUCUGAAAUUAAAUAACUCUGAACUGAUGGGAAGAAAACUCAGAGUCAUGCGUUGUGUCCAUAAAGAAAAAUUAAAACAAAAUUCAAAUCCUAGUUUGAAGAAUGUCAGUAAACCUAAGCAGGGACUUAAUUUUACUUCAAAAAAUGCACAACAUUCUAAAAGUUUGUUUAUCGGAGAAAAAGCUGUUGUCAUGAAGAAGAAAAAGAAAGGACAGAAGAAAAGUGGACGAACUAAGAAACAGAAAAAACAGAAGUAGCUAUCCGAAGCCUUUUUUUUGUUUUCCCCACUGACUACUGGUAAUAAAAUGUGGUAAAUCCA